AUGAGCAGAGAAGAGAGGAAGAGGGUGCCAAAUUUGAAGGGAGGAAUAUUGAAAGAGACAAUUGGGAUUUUCACUGUUGGCAUAGUACCAGAUUCUUCUGAUAAUAACCACCAGGGGAAGAGGUGGUUACAUGAAGGAGAUAGUUAUAUCAGACAUAGUUAUAUUGAAGAACAUGACUGGGACAAGAUUCUCAAGUUUUCGGACUUGGCUGGCUAUGGAGUAGCUGUAGCCAUUUCCAAAGAAUUUGAGGGUUCAUUUCGUGGUCUCACGUAUAAAUCUCCACUGCUUGAUCUUAUGAUCAAAAGUGGGAGAAAUGGCAAAAAUAAUGGGAAAGGAUACUACAUUUAUGAAAAAGGUAGCAAGCCAAAACUCGAUCUUUCAAUAUUACCAAUUGUUGAAGAGUCGAGAAGAUUUGCCAAUAUUAUGCCUGGUGGAAAGCCUAUAUCUAUUACUGACCAUGAGAUUGUAGAGAUGAUACUCUUUCUAAUAGUGAACGAGGCAUGCCGUGUUUUAGAUGAAAGAAUGGUUAUUCAAGCAUCAGACCUCGAUAUUGCUUGUGUUCUUGGGAUGAGCUUCCCUAGUUACAGUCCAGCAUGUUUUAUGAUCAGCUUUCUAGUUGGGGCAAAGGAUGUAUAUAACAGCCUAAAAAAAUGGUCAGAAUUAUAUGGUAACUUCUAUAAGCCAUCAAGGUAUCUGGAGGAAAGGGCAAUUCAGGGCAUUUCUUUGGCUGUUAUAUACAUCCUUUGCCCCAACUAG